AUGAGCGAGGCGGGCGAAGCCACUACCACCGCCACCCUCCCGCAGGAUCCGGUGGCGGUGGACGCCUCAGCGCCCCAGGACUCUGUGCCCAAGAGCCCAGUGAACAGCAGCGCGCCCCACGCCGUGGCACCCGCGCCUUCUGCCCAUGUCGCAGGAAAUCCCGGUGGGGACGCGGCCCCUGCUGUCACCCGCAACGCGGCCCCAGCCUCUUCUGCCACCGCCGGCAGUGUAGACGCCCAGAAAAAAGUUCUCGCCAGCAAAGUCCUUGGUACUGUCAAAUGGUUCAACGUCAGAAAUGGAUAUGGAUUUAUAAAUCGAAAUGACACCAAAGAAGAUGUAUUUGUACAUCAGACUGCCAUCAAAAAGAAUAACCCACGGAAAUAUCUGCGGAGUGUAGGAGAUGGAGAAACUGUAGAAUUUGAUGUGGUUGAAGGGGAAAAGGGCGCCGAAGCAGCCAAUGUGACUGGCCCAGAUGGAGUUCCCGUGGAAGGGAGUCGUUACGCUGCCGAUCUGCGCCGUUACAGACGUGGCUACUAUGGCAGACGCCGUGCUCCUCCCCGUCAUUACGCUGGGGAGGAGGAGGAGGAGGAAGUAAGGGGCAGCAGUGAAGGAUUUGGCCCCGCUGCUGCUGACCCGCAGUUCUGUGCCACCCGGAGUCAGCUGCGCCGCCCCCAGUAUCGCCCUCAGUACCGGAGGCAGCGGUGGUUCCCGCCUUACCACACGGGACAGACCUUUGACCGUCGCUCACGGGUCUUUCCUCACCCCAAAAGAAUGCAGACUGGUGAGAUUGGAGAGAGGAAGGAUGGAGUCCCCAAGGGAACACAGCUUCAGGGACCAGUUCGUAGAAAUCCACCUUAUCGCCCAAGGUACCUUAGGGGACCUCCUCGCCCACGACCUGCCCCAGCUGUUGGAGAGGCUGAAGAUAAAGAGAAUCAACAAGCAUCCAAUGCUCCAAACCAGCCAUCAGCUCGCCGUGGAUACCGGCGUCCCUGGAACUAUAGGCGUCGCCCCCGUCCUCCAAAUGUUCCUUCACAAGAUGGGAGAGAAACCAAGGCAGGUGAAACACCAAAGGAGAAUCCUGCUCCAGCCACUGAGCAGAGCAGUACUGACUGACAUCCAGCUCCCCAGGCACCUUCACUACCUGCAGGUGACCUAAAGAAUUAAUGAUCUUUCAAAAGUAAAACAAAAGCACAUCCACGAUUUUACCAACACCAAAGAAACAUCUAAGCAA